AGUCGAAACUAGUUGGCCUUUUUUCCAAAACCUGGUUUUCUGAAUAAUUCGUCGACCUAGAAACCUGUCAAAAAUCACCUGAAUUCGUACUCAUAGGUCUCAUCAUCAUUCAUCGUGAAUCAUCGAGGUAACCUUGAAGACUUGAGAUGGAUAACAUUACUGCAGGUUUUUACGCACACAUGAGAAGACAUUACAGCGAAGACAUAAAUAAGAUUAUUAAAAAAUGGCAGUCAACAACAAUGAAGUUAGCUCAUUUUGAGAACCACAGGAAGUUUUUAUUAAACUGUAAGAAUCAAGGUAUUUACCCCAUUCAUAUUCAACAAUCAAUUAAUUAUUCUCUACUCAUGCAUGAAAAUAAAAACAUCUCAGAUAAAUAUAACACAAUAGUCAGUACAUUCAAAGGUAAAAUAUUGAAAUUAGAGAUAUCAAUCAUUCAUUGGAAAUUGAAUGUAUUUAGAAGAAAAGCUUUUGAAAUGAAAUCUUUAUUAGCUAAUCAACUGCCUGAGGAUAUAAUGCAAAUACUGAUUACUAAAAACAAAAAAAUUUCGAGACUAGAAUAUUCUAAAACAAAAAGGAAACAGCUUAAAAAAUUUUCUAACUUGAAAUCUGCCUCAUUUAAUUUUAGUGAUAAUGUAAGAAGUGACGAAAAGUGGUUCGUGAAUUUAACAAAUAUAGAGUUCCCAGAAAAUAUCAAAUAUUUACUCAGCUUGGGAGAUAAAUUUAAUUUGCCGUAUUCAAGUCCAACACAACCUUUGAAAGAAAUAAUUAUUGAUAUAGAAUAUAUCCUUUCAACAUGUAAUGAUGAAGAUAGCACCAACUUAGCACGCAGUUCCUUGAUUAAUUCCAUCACCAAUUUUAUUAGGUCAAAAAACCAAGAAACCGACAGGUUAAAUAACAUAUUGCGGAAGUGGAUUAGGGAAACAAAACAAUUUCUUAAAACCAACGAAAAUAUCAUUAUAACGAAAGCUGAUAAAAGUAAAACAACAGUUGCCAUAUUCAGAGAAGAAUACGACCAAAAAGCUUUAAAUAUUUUGGAUGAUAACACAACUUACUGCCAAAUUAAUGAAGAUCCAACCAAAAAUGUUCAGUCUAAAUUGAAUAAAAUUGUAACUAAAUUAUACAAGGAAAAAAAGAUCGGAGAGAGCACUUACAAACUCUUAAAAUGCACUAAUGGUCUAUGUCCUAGGAUAUACUUCUUACCUAAAAUCCAUAAAUUAAAUAACCCUUUAAGACCAAUUGUCUCAUACAUCGGAAGCCCCUUAUAUAACCUUAGUAAAUAUUUAGCCCAACUUCUAAACCAUGCCUUUGAGAAAGAUGAUAGAUACACUAGAAAUUCCUUUGAGUUAGUUGAAUAUUUAAAAACAGUUACAAUUCCGGACCGAUACAUACUAAUUUCACUAGAUGUAGUCUCACUCUAUACAAAUGUUCCACUUGACCUGGCGAUAACAAUAAUCGAAAAAAAAUGGGGGAAAAUUGAGCCUCAUACAACUCUAUCAGUUGAAGAAUUUUUACAACUGUUCACGUUUUGCAUCGAAAAUAGUUAUUUUAUGUUUAAUGAUGCAUUUUUCAGGCAAAUAUUUGGAUUGGGUAUGGGAAAUAAUCUGGCACCGGUAACAUCUGACAUAGUAAUGGUGGAAGUUCAGAAUUUGGCUAUUGAUAAGUUGAGUUUUGGGAUACCAUUUUUUAAAAGAUAUGUUGAUGACAUUAUCACGUCAAUACCUUUCGAUAAAAAGGAUGAAAUCUUAGCAGCAUUCAAUAGCAUUCAUCCCCGCUUGAAAUUCACUAUUGAAAUAGAAUCACAUAAUAACUCACUACCUUUUCUGGAUACUUUAUUGAUCAGACGAGAUAAUAGAAUAAUUACAGAUUGGUACCAAAAACCAACGUUUUCCGGGAGAAUACUCAAUUUUAAUUCAAAACACCAUAUGGCACAAAAAAUUAACAUAAUUAAUAAUUUGAAACAUAGAGCUCUCAAACUUUCUGAUAAUGAAUUUCACGAAAAAAACAUCAUUAAAAUACAAACAAUUCUAGAAAAAAAUAACUAUCCUACAAAAUUCAUAAAAAAAAUUCUGAACAAAAGCGAACCUGAGCACCACAGACCACAGGAAGAAAAAGAAAACCAAAAAUAUUUCAGUUUAACUUACGUUGAAAAUUUAGGAGAGCAAAUUAAAAAUAUAUUCACCAGAUUAAACGUAAAUAUUGCCUUCAAAUCUGACAAUACUAUAAAACAAUUUUUCACAAAAACCAAAAGUGCAAGAAUUUCAGAACACAAAAGAGACUCACUCAACAUCCUUAAUCCUUUGAAAAACAAAAAGGAAAACAAUACGGCACUCGCGGAGCAUGUAGGAAGUCUUCUUCAUUCCUUUAAUUUCGAUCCUGGGUCAGUAAAAAUAUUGGGUAGGCAAACAAAUUUAAAAAAGCGGUUAUUAGAUGAAAUGAUAUCCAUAAAACAAGACGAAAAUUCCAUUAACAAAAGAAACGAUAUAGAAAAGUUAAAUACCGCAUAUUAUUAUUUAAUUGGAAAAAUAAAGAAUAAAUAGAAGCUUGUUGUCCAACCCUAGUGUGUAAAUUGCCAUAAUUGUCCGCGCAUACUCCAGAAACAUCUAACUUGAUAAUUUAACACCAUCACAUCAGUCUUUUCAAAGAUUUAGAUGCGAGCAGUAAUUUAUUCUCUUUAAUUUUAAUUUAUGACAUCGAAAUUUAUGACAACAGAACCACAAAAGGUGAAAAUAGCCCUGAUGAAGAUUUUAUAAUAAAGUCGAAACUAGUUGGCCUUUUUUCCAAAACCUGGUUUUCUGAAUAAUUCGUCGACCUAGAAACCUGUCAAAAAUCACCUGAA